AUGGCUUCUCCUGUCCUUAUGUUCAUGGUCUUGUGCAGCUGCUACUCCAUUGCUUAUGGAGGUGACGAGAACGGGUAUGUAGUUGUGCCAACCAGCUCUUUUGAGCCAGAUGAAACAGCUGUUUGUUCCAACGCGAGAGUUAUAAUAGUAAUAGAUAUGUUGCAUCGGCUAAUGAUUUUGAUAAUGGUCCUCGUCAUACGCAUCCUGGAUAUUAUGGUCAAGAGCCAGUGUCAACUAUGA